AUGAAACAUUUUCAAGACCAUCUUCACGAAGCUCUUGGCUCCGAGUGGCUGGCAACUGGGAACUGCCCAAUCGCACGCUCUGGAGUGCUACCUCUCGUCACAAAGUGGUUCAAACCACCCUCAGGGAUGAAGUACCGGUGUCCACCGGCUAUCAUCGCCACUCAAGCCACCCUGUUCGCAAAGAACUUGAGGCCUCAACCAUUGCCAUCCAAACUCCUGGCAAUCGGCCUCCUGGGGAUGGCAACCAACAUGCCGCUGGGGGUCUGGUGCGAACACACAAAGAAGUUCUCUCUGAAGUGGUUCGUUGCGGUCCAUGCAGCAGUGCCAUUCAUUGCUAUGAUGAGAAAGGCUGUCAACAUGACAAAGCUCGCUAUGGCUUUCACUAUCGGGGCAUCCAUCCUGGGACAGGUGAUUGGCUCUCGCGCCGAGAGGAUCCGGCUAGCACAGGCGAAGCUGGCUGCAAACGGUCCGGGGGUGGUGACAGAGAUUUGCUUAUCUCAUGACAACAAUAGAGCUUCUUCGACGAUUGCUGGAGGCAAAAGCUCUAGUCCUCCUGCUCUACUAGUUGGAGACCGAAGCUCCGGCUCUAGUGCUGGAGGGGAAGCGGGAGAACAGAUUGAUUCGCUCAACCAUCAGUGCGCGAAGCUGGUCUGGGACGAGUUUAAGUCGCCAGUGUCAAGAACAGUCGAUGCGUUUUAA